AAUACAGGAUUUUCCUGCUCUGUCAGAGCUUCAGUGCCAGACUCCCAAACAACAACUGUAGACCCUGAGCCAACUUCAGAAUGCACUGGAUGUGGACAAGUCAACCGUGCCAACCGCAUUGUUGGUGGGGUAGAGACGGAGGUGAACGAAUAUCCCUGGAUGGUUUCUCUUGUCGACGGCAGUGGAUACUAUCACUUCUGUGGCGGUUCUAUCAUCUCCAGCCAAUGGGUCGUCACUGCAGCUCACUGUGCAGUAGGCAUGACCACCUCAGAUUAUGUGCUGGUGGGAGACCACGACCUCUUCUCCUCAAACGAAGCCAAUUCUCAGUGGAUGGAGAUUGCUGAAAUUGUGAAUCAUCCGUCCUAUGAUUCCAAUACACUGGACAACGACAUUGCCCUCAUCAGACUCAAGACAGAGAUCCAGUUCCCAUCUGACAACAAAAUCGCCCCUGUCUGCCUUCCAACUGCUGGUGAAAUGUAUGAUAGUGUGGAUGCCACAAUCACAGGAUGGGGAGCUCAACAGGAGGGAGGAUCCACAUCGGGCACCUUGUUCGAAGUAACAGUGCCCACCAUGACAAACACCGAAUGCAAUACCAAGUACGGAGGAAGCAUCACUGACAACAUGAUCUGCGCAGGCAUUCCUGAGGGAGGCAAGGACUCCUGCCAGGGAGACUCUGGUGGACCAAUGGUGGUGGAAGAAAACGGCAAGUGGAAGCUGGUGGGAGUUGUGUCGUGGGGUUAUGGCUGUGCUCGACCUGAAAGGCCCGGAGUCUACGCCAGAGUUACCCAAUAUUUGCAAUGGAUUUCUGACUCAACAACCGGAGUCUGUGUCGAUGGGAACACACCUGCUCCUACAAAUGCCCCGACGACUGCCCCUACUUCUGAUCCUAAUACUGAUUGCCCUGGAUGUGGACAAGUCAACCGUGCCAACCGCAUUGUUGGUGGAGUAGAGACGGAGGUGAACGAAUAUCCCUGGAUGGUUUCUCUUGUCGACGGCAGUGGAUACUAUCACUUCUGUGGCGGUUCUAUCAUCUCCAGCCAAUGGGUCGUCACUGCAGCUCACUGUGCAGUAGGCAUGACCACCUCGGAUUAUGUGCUGGUGGGAGACCACAACCUGUACUCCGGAAGCGAAGCCAAUUCUCAGUGGAUGCAGAUUGCUGAAAUUGUGAAUCAUCCGUCCUAUGAUUCCAAUACACUGGACAACGACAUUGCCCUCAUCAGACUCAAGACAGAGAUCCAGUUCCCAUCUGACAACAAAAUCGCCCCUGUCUGCCUUCCAACUGCUGGUGAAAUGUAUGAUAGUGUGGAUGCCACAAUCACAGGAUGGGGAGCUCAACAGGAGGGAGGAUCCACAUCGGGCACCUUGUUCGAGGUAACAGUGCCCACCAUGACAAACACCGAAUGCAAUACCAAGUACGGAGGAAGCAUCACUGACAACAUGAUCUGCGCAGGCAUUCCUGAGGGAGGCAAGGACUCCUGCCAGGGAGACUCUGGUGGACCAAUGGUGGUGGAAGAAAACGGCAAGUGGAAGCUGGUGGGAGUUGUGUCGUGGGGUUAUGGCUGUGCUCGACCUGAAAGGCCCGGAGUCUACGCCAGAGUUACACAAUAUUUGCAAUGGAUUUCUGACACAACAACCGGAGUCUGUGUCGAUGGGAGCGCACCUGCUCCGACAAAUGCCCCGACGCCUGCCCCUACUUCUGAUCCCAAUUCUGACUGCCCUGGAUGUGGACAAGUCAACCGUGCCAACCGCAUUGUUGGUGGAGUAGAGACGGAGGUGAACGAAUAUCCCUGGAUGGUUUCUCUUGUCGACGGCAGUGGAUACUAUCACUUCUGUGGCGGUUCUAUCAUCUCCAGCCAAUGGGUCGUCACUGCAGCUCACUGUGCAGUAGGCAUGACCACCUCGGAUUAUGUGCUGGUGGGAGACCACAACCUGUACUCCGGAAGCGAAGCCAAUUCUCAGUGGAUGCAGAUUGCUGAAAUUAAGAAUCAUCCGUCCUAUGAUUCCAAUACACUGGACAACGACAUUGCCCUCAUCAGACUCAAGACAGAGAUCCAGUUCCCAUCUGACAACAAAAUCGCCCCUGUCUGCCUUCCAACUGCUGGUGAAAUGUAUGAUAGUGUGGAUGCCACAAUCACAGGAUGGGGAGCUCAACAGGAGGGUGGGUACUCAUAUUCGUGA